UUCUCUGUGAUAACCACGCAGCGACAAUCGUGAUCGGUGGACUAGGUCAUGUCUACUUUCCUGUACCUACCACGUCCCGUCUGAGUUCAGGGAGAGUGCGGUGUUUUGGAGCUGACCCGGGGAUCACACAGUGUCGGUGGCGUGUCAUGGGGAUAUCACCAAGUGAAACUCGAACAUAUGUCAAAGCUAUAAAUUCAUGGGAUCAUAAUACCCCAAUAAACCCACCUGGUAGGCACAAACCAGCACCAACAGCCGAUCGAAGAGCACCACGGCUGCAUCUGACCACGACUUCAUGGUCCGACCUCUCGGUCCUCUGGUAAAUGGUUGAGAGGAGCAUGGCCACACUCAAUCAUUAAUGAUCCACUGAGUCCACUGGUUCCAAAAUCACGGGAAACGUUAAAUGCACUCGACUCCCGCUGAACACAGAAUUCCACCGUAGCCACGUACAGGAGGGACACUGGAUCACGGACUUCAAAGCUCGGUUGUAACUUGGUUACCGAUUAGCGGUUGUCUACGGGAUUACAUCUCUUUGUGGGUAACUGCGUGACUCAAUCAACAAAACGACUAAUACAGAACGAAGUCCUGUUUGAGACUGAAAGUGAAAGUAGAUAACGAUAUUCAUUCCACAAGCGAAAGCAUUUCGGAGUUUGAGAACGUUAGAGGAGUUGGACUGUUGUUUUGACGAUGAAGCUCAGAUCAUUGCUCAUACUCCUGUUGUGCGUGCUUGUACUGGUGCAAACGGCAGACGGUAAAAAGAGAAAGCGUAAGAAGCCCAAAGUUAAGCCGACGACACGAGCACCGACGACAACCACAACCAGGGCACCAACACUGCAAACAGACCCCUCAACAUCGUACACUCCCCAAGUUGCCGGUGCCUGCCGACGCACAUGUGAAAGGAACUCGUACCUCAUGCCGGACCGAUGUGUUUGUGUCUGCAACCAGGGUUACGAAUACAGCUCACGAACUGGCUAUUGCGAAGAUAUCGAUGAAUGCGCAGAUGAGUCGAACUGCGUAGGUGGGGCAUGCACCAACAGCAGGGGUUCAUACUACUGCAUCUGCCCAGUCGGUUACAAUCUCCAUGCCAACGGGAAGCUGUGUCUGCUUGAACCAAGAGUCAUGUCCUGCCGUGGACUGGUCUGUUUCGACGGCGCUGAACUCGACGAGCUACGGUGUCGCUGCUGGUGCAGCGACCCGGGGCUGACGUACGACUACUUCGAGGAAAAAUGUCAGGAUAUAAACGAAUGUGUCGCGGGCUCGCACAAUUGCGAACACGGGUGCAUAAACACAGAAGGCAGUUUCAUGUGCUACUGUGUGUCGGGCUUUCAACUCGACGCAGACGGUACCACAUGUCUUCCAAGUCCGCCGCCAGAUCCAAGCACUAUCCCGUGUUUUGGAAAAUGUCCCGGUGCGACUGCACUCAACCUACUCAACUGCAAUUGCAUGUGUGAGACUGGCUUCGUAUAUGGCGAGGACGAAUUAGAAUGCGUAGAUAGAGAUGAAUGUCGUGACUAUCAGGGUUGGUGUCAGGGUGUCUGUGAGAAUACUCCUGGCUCCUAUACAUGCACCUGUCCCACAGGAACUGUGCUUGAUGCAGAUGGGUGGACGUGUAACGAGCCCGUGUCUUCAUCCGGGGAAUUCGAGUGUUUUGAUUAUGAAAUCUUGUGUGACCACGGCAACCAAUGUGUUCAGGAAGGCGUUAUUUGUGACGGGUACAGUGACUGCAGUGACGGAUCUGAUGAGAGACAAUGUAAGCCCGUGUGUCGUCCAGACCAGUUUUCAUGCGCCAAUGGGCGUGCGUGCCUGGAGGCAACACAGCGAUGUAAUGGAGAAAACGACUGUCUGGAUUUCUCAGAUGAACUGGACUGCCCAUGUAAAGACGAAAAGGACGAGUGUCACGCGUGGCGCAACCGCGGGGAGUGUGAGAGUAACCCCGGCUGGAUGAAUUGGAAUUGCCGAGAGAGUUGCAAAACCUGUAUGAAGGACGACGGCACAGAAAGUGGUGUGGUGGAGGAGAGUGAACUUCCAAUGUUAUUUUUCUUGCGGAAUUCGGAGGAUUUUGCUUCCACCCUGCAGUAUACUCUACGUAACACAGGAAACCGGGAAGGUGCAUCAGGAAGCGAAUGGCUUUGCCACACCGUUACCGAAGUCCCCAUUGCCGUCCGAGCCCAGUUCCGUCUGAGCUACGCCUACAGGAAGUACGCUCAGGCUUACAACAUUCCCAUCCUGGGCACGGCACGGGCGAACGAAGACGCUAUGACGCGGGCCUGCUACGUCGUCAGGUUCCUCCUUGCCGAUCGGCGAGAUCUCCGGGAGGCCUUGUACCGAGCCUGGGGGAGGAUAGCCGUCAUGGACGAUGACGAGGUGACCGUCAACAUCCCCGAGCACUCUCAUCUACCUGAGCUGUACAACUCACUACGCGGGUUGGGAGGCACGCUCCACAUCCCAGUGGCCUCGGGCGCCACGGAGAACCUCAUCUGUCUGGAAAAUGAUCCGAACAGUGGGCAGGACAUGUUCGUGCACACCAUGGCCCACACCAUCAGGAGGGUAUCAAUCACCACGAUGACAUCAACCUACAACUCACGCCUGUUGGGGGCGUACGUGAACGCGAGAAAGACCGAUCUGUGGGCGAAUACCAGGGCGCAGUACACAGCAGACGAAUACUUUGCUCAAGGGGUGAUGAGCUUCUUUAACGUGAUCACUGACAGCGAGAUUGACUCCCGCGAGAAGUUGCAGCGCUACGAUCCCGCAUUGUAUAACUUGGUGAAGGAAGUCUUCCCCUGCAUGAAUACCAUUGUAGAUCGCUGUGACGCCGACCAAAGUAAAAUUUACACAGAGCAGAUCAGAAUGAACUGCAAUGAACGUGGAGAACCAGAUCGCCAGUUAGAUCCAGAUACAAUGGCGGAAGACGUGUGCAGAAAUCUUCACCACGAAUGCCCCCAGUGGAAGAAUGACGGUGGUUGCCAGAACAAUGCAGUCUGGAUGAGCACCCACUGCCCCAAAUCAUGCGGCACGUGUCCGGAACCCGAAGAGGAGCCGGUUGAUGGUCCCAGUAUUGAAUUGGGAAGAGACGAUGAAGGAAACAUAAAAUUCAAAGAACCCUCAGAUUGUCAGGAUGCUGAUGACCAAUGCCUGCAGUGGGUACAAGAGGGAAGGUGCGAGACCCAUGCAGGAUGGAUGGAGAUAUUCUGUGAGAAGAGCUGCAGUAUGUGUGAAGAUCAAGAAGAAAUAGUGUUACGAGACAAUGACAGUGACAAUGAAGAACAGACUCCACUGCCUCCUGAUGAGGCACAAUGCGUCGACAGCCACUUUCUCUGUGAGAUUAACGCCAAAGCUGGGGAGUGCACUACCAAUGAAUUCUGGAUGCGAAAACACUGCCCUCUCAGUUGCCAUUUCUGCAUAGAUAUAUCAGUCAGCCACUUCACUUGUCAAGACAGUGACCCGGUUUGCCAUGAAUUGGCCAAGGAAGGAAACUGUGAAGUAGAAUGGAUCAAAGCAAACUGUAAGAAAAGUUGCGGUACUUGUCCUGCUACUGAGGAAAAGACAACCACGUCUGCUCCUACGCCAGUUCCUGUGGAUGAGUAUACCUGUGUAGAUAUCGACCCAAUCUGCACGGAAUGGGCUGACGAAGGUGAAUGCAUGAACAACCCAAGGUAUAUGGAAGAAAACUGCCCGGUGAGUUGUAGCUAUUGUAGCAACUCAGAAACCAAGGAAGAGCAAUCUCAGUAUGAAUUCAUCCCCACACCUGCAAAUGAGCCUGAGUCAGUCUGUGCUGAUCUGGAACCACACUGUAUUGGUUGGGCUGAAUCAGGUGAGUGCGUGUACAGCCCAGAGUACAUGCAAGUCAACUGUCCAGCGAGCUGUGGCUUUUGCAAGGGUCCUGGAGUGAAACCUGUCAAACCAAACUGUGUUGACCAUGACCGUUACUGCCCUGACUGGGCUUCUGAAGGAGACUGUGCAACCAAUCCAGAAUGGAUGCUUGUCAACUGUAAGCUCAGCUGUGGCAUCUGUGAUGACCCAUUGAUCCCAGCUGACAGUGACUGCUUUGACACUGACCAAUACUGCGUCGAUUGGGCAGAAUCUGGCAACUGUGAAACUGACCGACACUGGAUGUUUGUCAACUGUCCACAGAGUUGUGGUCUCUGUGAUGGUUCUCAAAUCCCACCUAAGCCUACUAUAAGCACUCAGACCUCCUCGUAUCAUUAUGAGCCUAACUGCAAGGACAGUGAUGCGCUAUGUCCAGGCUGGGCUUUUUACGGAGGCUGCUACCAAAAUCCAGAGUGGAUGCUUCCAAACUGUGCAUACAGCUGCAACUCUUGCCAUUACAUUGUGACGAAUGAUACCCAGGUAGAUCCAGAGCCAUCAGAGCAGCCAUUAAGUUGCUCUGACAAGUAUGCACGGUGUCAAGAUUUGGCAACUACUGGGGGCUGCCUCACCAUUCCAGAGUGGAUGACGGAGCAUUGUCCAGUUAGCUGCAACAUGUGUGGUGAUAGGGAAAUAGUGACACAUCUACCACCCCCAGCCAAAACCAAUUACCCAACUGAUGAUGAGAACAUGGCAGUUACUUCAACAGCUUCACUUGGAGAGGUUGAGGAGUCAGAAAACAGUGAUGCAUCAGAGUGGACUGGAGAUUGGAUCCAUACCAGUGACUCAUGGAGAGAAAGCCAAAUAACACAAGUGUGGGAGGACAGUCAAUCUGAUGACUCAUCUGAUGACAACAGCGACUUAACAGCUGAGGCCUCAAUGAUUGACAUACCCGAGGAGGGGUUCUCGAUUAAUACAGGAGUUUUCACAAAUGAAGAUGUUACUCAAUCCCCUGUCAGUGUUUCCAAGUCACAAGAUAGCAUCACUGUGCCUGGUUCAGUUCUCAGUACAAAAAUAACCGAAAAAAUGAGCACAAGCAGAGAUGAAAGUGCACAACCACCCAACUCUGUGACACCAUCUUUCCAUUCCUUCACCAGUUUGUCAAGUAGUCUCACUGACUCACUGGGUGAGGUACCUCCAACAGUGUUUCAUGAGGUAAGCAAGGUUCAAACCACUGACCCUGUUACCCGUGACAAGCAAUUACCCAAAACUGAUGGUAAAUUCACUGAAUCCUUAACUCAGGUCCUUAGUUCCUCACCUCCGCCCUAUGUCACAAAACCACAAAAGGAAUUAACUUGGAAAUCAACCUCUGGUACCACUUACAGGACAGGAAGAACCACCGAGCCAGAGUGGAAUCCACACCAAAGAACACCCAAGUACAUCACUAGCUCGCCAAGAAUGAGUACCAUCUCCUUUCAAAAAGGGGGAAGCAUGCCAACAAGCACAAAUGAUAAACAUUUAUUCACAGAAGCAACAGACAAACUAUGGAGUAAUCCCACACCAACACAAAGAACCAUUCCAGUAACAGUCCCUGCAAUAGGAAGCUCCUCAGUCAGCACAAUUGACUACAGAGAGACCAGCACUGACGAUUUGGCUGAUAAAAACGUCAGGGUGCCAACCGCUACCACCCAACAAAAUGACAGCCACUCAUUUACCAGUGAGUACAAGACUCAAACAUUCAUCAGUGAAGUUGUUACCAUCAACUCAAACAGGGUUACUCAGGUCCCUGAAGAAGAGUAUACUUUGUCCACAUUGGCAGACACAGACUUGAGAAAUGAUGUCUCAGACUCCAAGAACACUCAGUCAUCAAAUAUUUUGACCACAUCAAAGCAUCUGCAAUAUCAUACAACACUGGAACAACUGCUUCACAAAUUAACUCCAAUACCACCAGAGAAUGGCACUCCAGUGACUCUACCUGAAGAUACAACAGAGCAAACUACUGUUGAAAUGAGCACGUUUCUGAGUGAGGUUUUGAAGAUAUCAACAACAGAACAACCAGUUGUGAAAAGUGACUGCAAUGAUAAGCACAAAAACUGCCCAGUCUGGGCCUUCCAUGGAAGUUGCAUAUCAAGCUCAUCAUACAUGCAUCACAACUGUAAAGCUAGCUGCAAUUUGUGUGAAGCCACUGAAGAUGAAUCAAUUCUCCCACAAAGAACAACAUCCCCUAUCAUCACCAACUCACUAGAUGAGGGGUCUUGGCUCGACUGCAAAGACAGCAGCAAAUACUGCUCUGUAUGGGCAUCAUAUGGAGGAUGCACAUCCAAUCCGCGAUAUAUGCUCCCCAACUGCCGAAGAAGCUGCAACUCUUGUGACUUCAUUUCAAGCCUUGCUGAAGAGGUUGAUGACAACAUCUCAGGGUCUGACAAUGACAACCUAGCAUCAUUCAAUGAUGAUGAGUCCUUUAUCCCAACAGCUCCUCCAUCUGGAGACAUGACAACAUCUUGGGCAAUCAACAAAGACUGCAAAGACACUAUUGCAUUCUGCACAACAUGGGCAAAGCAUGGUGGAUGUACUGAAAACCCUGAGUGGAUGCUACCUAAGUGCAGGAAAAGCUGUAACUCUUGUGACUUUGUUGAAGAGCCAAAAGACACAUUAUCAGAAUCAAUGGAUGAAUCAUACAGUGAGCCAACAUCUUUAUAUGAAACAACAACAAAAAGAGUGCCAGUCACACAGUCAAACAACAUGAAGCCAACGGACCCAAGCUGUGCUGACUCCAAUGCAAACUGCGAAUACUGGGGAUCCAUUGGGGAGUGUGCGAAGAACCCCGUCUGGAUGGAACGCAACUGUCAAAAGACCUGCCACACUUGCCAGAACUUCUGGUCCGAUUGCUAUGAUGACUACGGGCCGGCCUGCGAGGGCUGGGCCAACAUUGGAGAGUGUGAGGCCAACCCUUAUUGGAUGAAGAAGAACUGCAGGAAAAGUUGCCACACAUGCAAUGACACUUUCAAUGAAGAUUUAUGUGCCGACAACUAUGAGAAAUGUCCAAAAUGGAAAGAAGAGGGUGAAUGUGAUUACGAUGUGGACUGGAUGCGAAGUAACUGUAAGAGAAGCUGUGGCUUGUGUGCUUUAGCCAAAGAUGAGAAACAAUGCCUUGACUCCUUUGACAACUGCACCCAAUGGGCUGAGGAUGGUGAGUGUGAUGGCAACCCAGUGUGGAUGAGGAUCAACUGUUGCCUCACAUGUCUUGAGAGGGAGCCUACUUACUGUGUGGACAAGGACGAACGCUGUGUACAGCUGAGAAAAGAUGGCGCCUGUAACUUUGACAGGGAAUGGAUGUUGGAACAUUGCAGGAUGUCAUGUGAAGCUUGCAAUAUAUCCAAUGUCAACAUUCCACAUCCAAGGAAGGACUGUGUAGAUGAUGGAGAUUACUGUGCAGAACUGGCCCUUGAGGGCGAGUGUGAGACAGACCGAGAGUGGAUGAAGGACCACUGUUGUCACUCAUGUAGUCUUAUGCCAGAAGACUUCAUACCAGGAUGUGCAGACACGAAGCGAGACUGUUCGAAAUGGGCCGAGGCUGGCGAGUGUGACACCAAUAAAAACUACAUGACCAUCCACUGUGCAAAAAGCUGCAACAAAUGCUCAGAGUGCAUUGACACUGAUGACUCACUCUGCUUGGAGCUUGCCAGCAAAGGCCAGUGUGUGGCUGACCCUGGUACCAUGCUUGCCUACUGCCCGAAAACCUGUAACAUGUGUUUUUAACCAUUGGCUGAUUCGUCUCCAUAUAUCAACAAGUGCAUUGUCCAGCUGUCGUGUUUACACCAUCUGGCGAAAAACAGAACUCUUGUUGGAUCUUGUGUGGAUCUGAUCUGGAGAUGCCUUGAGUCCGCAGGGCGAGGAUGAGGCUGUUACGAGAGAUGAGUAAAAUGAAGACCAGUUCCUUGAGAUGUGCUAACUGCUUCAUGCAAUAACUCUUUGUUCUUGUUUGGUGCUUGUAAAUGUUAAAUGAGUUUGUUGACACAAAAUUUAGACUUUGCUUACAUACAUCUUUGCUGUGCUGGCUGCGGCAAAUGAACAGGUAAAGUAUUGUGUCUUGUGUAUAAGUAUUGUGUCUUGAGGAUGCCGAUGUAGGUAUCUCAGGAGCUUUAUUUCCCCAAAAAUUUGUUGCAGAACUUAAUUUGUAUCAAUUUCAAAUUGAUAUUUGAUGUCAUAUGCUUUUUAGUUAUGAGAUUUCAGACUCAAAGUAAAAACAGGACAGGAUAAUGAUUUUUUUUUUCUUUCUGAAAAAAGAGGUUAAGAAAUGUUUGAGUAAAUGUAUUUGUUGUGUGUUUGAAACUCCAAAUGCAUGCUUGCCCCAUUAAACCAUUGACUCCUGUGUAAUAGCACUCAAAUUCAGUUAAUUUUUGAAAGGUCAAAGGCCAAUUACAACACAGGAUUUUGAAACAAAUUGUCAUGCUACCAUCAGUUGAUGAAAAAAGUUCAAAAUGUACCAAAGUUAUCCAGAACAGAAAGAUCAAGUUUUAAGCUGGAAAAAAAUUACCCAUGUUGUAACUGGCACAUAAUGAAUAGCGUAAGCGUAGCAUUACUUCAUUUUGUGUUCAUUGUUUAAACCACAAACCAUCCACACCGUCAUUCAUUUCCCUGCUUUGUGACUAACUGAAACUUCUAAAUGAAAGAGAAUUUGGCAUAGAAUUUUGAAAUUCAGUAGAUUUUAGAAACCAUCUAUCUUUAUAAUGUACUAGUUAACUGUCCAAAAGUUUCAACUUGUACCCAACAUGUCUUUGAUCAAUUAACUUUGGUUGAAUAUUUCAUAAUUAAUAUUCUUAAAUUUAAAAUCUCCCCACAUCCUCAGUAAUAGCCCAAUUUUAAUAAAUUGGUCAAUGCAUUUCAAACCACACAACAGAA